AAGUGCUAGAUCGUACUCUUUAUUUCGAUUAUUUACAAAAUAAAAGAAUUUGACUUUUCUCUCUCGCGAAAGAUAUUCAAAAAAUAAAUAAAUAAAUAAAAAUUAAAACAAGAACGAUCACUCUAUAAUCUCGAAAUUGCGAAACAAAAAAGGAAAAUUAAAAAUAGCAAAAACGAAAGAAAAGAACUUUGAUUUUUCUCUCUCCUUCUCUUUUAGUCACCCUCUGACUCUGUCCUUCAUUUAUUGAAUGGACAGAUAAAAAAAUAAAUAAAUAAAUUUUAAAGAUGAAAAAAGAAAAGCAUUUUAAUGGUUCGUUCUGGUAAUGAUGACAUUGGGUCUUAACAAACAAAAAUGGAGGUUUGGUUGAGAGACGUCGUCGAAGCUUGGAUAUAAAGCUUGGCACUUUCUCUGUUGGUGCAAUUCUCUCCGAUGCGUCUUGUUCUGAUUUUCCAAUUGGAUUGGAUUUGGAAUUCCUCGAAACUUGGUGGCAAAUCUUUGGGCGUUAGGGAUCGCAGAUAGACCAACAACCUCAUGGCUUCACCUGCUGGUGGUUCGAGGCACACAUCAGUUGUUGUUGUCACACUUGAUACUGGUGAAGUAUACAUUAUUGUCAGCUUAUCCUCUAGGCUUGACACUCAGGUGAUAUAUGUUGAUCCAACAACAGGUGUACUUCGCUACAGUGCAAAACCAGGGGUUGAUAUUUUUAAAUCAGAAAAUGAAGCUUUAGAUUUCAUUACAAAUGGCACGCGAUGGAUAUGUAAGAGUGUAACUUAUGCUCGGGCAAUAUUAGGAUAUGCUGCCCUUGGAAGCUUUGGCUUGCUACUUGUUGCAACAAAGUUGAUUACCAGCAUUCCGAAUCUUCCUGGUGGAGGUUGCGUAUAUACAGUGGCUGAGAGUCAAUGGAUCAAGAUAUCUCUUCAAAAUCCUCAACACCAAGGGAAAGGAGAAGUAAAGAAUGUUCUUGAAUUAACUGAUCUUGACAUUGAUGGUAAACACUACUUUUGUGAGACAAGAGACAUAACUCGGCCAUUUCCAAGUCAUAUGUCCUUUCGUGAGCCUGAUGAUGAAUUUGUUUGGAAUGGAUGGUUGUCAAUGUCCUUCAAAAACAUUGGACUGCCACAGCAUUGUGUCAUUCUUCUGCAGGGGUUCGCAGAAUAUCGAAGCUUUGGAAGCUCAGGGCAAGUAGAAGGGAUUGUUGCUCUCAUUGCUCGCCGAAGUAGGUUGCAUCCUGGCACUCGAUACUUGGCAAGGGGACUAAAUUCAUGUUUUAGCACAGGGAAUGAAGUUGAGUGUGAGCAACUUGUAUGGGUUCCAAAAAGGGCUGGUCAGAGUGUUCCUUUUAACACAUAUGUUUGGCGACGAGGCACAAUUCCUAUGUGGUGGGGUGCAGAACUAAAGAUCACUGCUGCAGAAGCAGAAAUUUAUGUUUCAGAUUGUGAUCCUUAUAAAGGGAGUGACCAAUACUAUCAGAGGUUAAGUAAGAGAUAUGACACACGGAAGUUAGAUGUUGGUGUUGGGGUAAAUCGUAAUCAAAAAGCUUUGGUUCCAAUUGUAUGUGUCAACCUCCUGAGGAGCGCAGAAGGGAAGUCAGAGUCCAUUUUAGUUCAACACUUUGAGGAAUCUUUAAAUUACAUCAGAUCAACCGGAAAACUUCCUCAUACUCGAAUUCAUUUAAUAAAUUAUGAUUGGCAUGCCAGUAUAAAAUUAAAAGGUGAGCAGAGAACUAUUGAAGGAUUGUGGAAGCUUCUAAAACAUCCAACCAUUGCUAUAGACAUUUCUGAAGGGGAUUAUUUGCCUUCACGACAACGAAUUAAGGAUUGCAGAGGUGAAAUCAUCUGUAAUGAUGACUUUGAUGGUGCCUUCUGCUUGAGAGCACAUCAAAAUGGAGUGAUACGUUUCAAUUGUGCUGACUCUUUAGAUAGGACCAAUGCUGCUAGUUAUUUUGGCUCCCUCCAAGUUUUUGUGGAGCAGUGUAGGCGGCUUGGAAUAUUACUUGAUAGUGAUACAAGAUAUGGGUAUCAGUCAGUGAACGAUUAUGGUGGAUACACUGCUCCAUUACCACCAGGGUGGGAGAAAAGAUCUGAUGCAGUAACAGGGAAAACAUAUUAUAUUGAUCAUAAUACUAGGACAACAACGUGGACGCAUCCAUGUCCGGAUAAACCUUGGAAAAGAUUUGAUAUGACAUUUGAUGAGUUUAGGUGGUCAACAAUUUUGUCACCAGUGACCCAGCUUGCUGAUCUAUUCCUGCUUGCUGGUGACAUUCAUGCAACAAUUUAUACUGGUUCUAAAGCUAUGCAUAGCCAAAUCCUUAGCAUUUUCAAUGAAGAUUCUGGAAAGUUCAAACAAUUUUCUGCAGCACAAAAUAUGAAAAUCACCUUGCAGAGAAGAUAUAAAAAUGCAAUGGUAGAUAGCUCUCGUCAAAAGCAAUUGGAGAUGUUUCUCGGGAUAAGACUUUACAAGCACCUGCCAUCUGUUUCUAUACAUCCUCUAAAUGUAGUCUCUCGACCGUCUGGUUUCUUUCUUAAGCCAGUUGUCAACAUGUUUCCUGGUACAAAUGGCGGACCAAGUCUUCUAAGUUUCAAGAGAAAAAACUUUACCUGGGUUUGCCCACAAGCUGCAGAUGUGGUUGAACUUUUUAUUUAUCUUGGUGAGCCUUGUCAUGUUUGCCAGCUUCUUCUCACAAUAUCACAUGGUGCAGAUGAUUCAACUUACCCAUCAACAGUUGAUGUAAGGACAGGACGCAAUCUUGAUGGAUUGAAACUGGUCCUCGAGGCUGCCUCAAUACCCCAGUGUGCAAGUGGGACCAACCUCUUGAUACCCUUACCAGGGCCAAUUAGUUCAGAGGAUAUGGCUGUCACUGGAGCAGGUGCACGUAUGCAUGAUCAAGAUGCAUCUUUCCUUCCAUUCUUGUAUGAUUUUGAAGAACUUGAAGGAGAAUUGGACUUCCUCACUCGUGUAGUUGCACUUACAUUUUAUCCUGCUGCUUCUGGGAGAAGUCCUAUGACUCUGGGUGAGAUAGAAGUCCUUGGAGUUUCACUUCCUUGGAGGGGUAUGUUAACUAAUGAAGGGCCUGGUGCAAGAGUAAUCGAGCUUGCCAAGACCUUUCAGGAGGAAAGCAAUCCUUUUCUGUCUAGUUCAGAUGCCAAUCCAUUUUCUGGAGCCUCAUCCAGUGCAAACGUGUCAGCAACAGUGCAGCCAAAAGAUUCUGGCAAUGACUGGGUUGAUCUUUUGACUGGAGAGGGACCAUGUUUUGAUCAAACUGCUCAACCAGCAAAAGGAAGUGUUGUGGACAAUGGAGGUGACUUGCUUGAUUUCUUGGACCAAGCUGUUGUUGAAUACCAUGGUUCUGAAGCUGAUAACAAAUUGUCUUCGAGACACGAUGGUAGGACUUCAGAAAACAGUUCCCAGCUGUACAUAAAUAGUCUGAAAUCCCUAGCAGGAACACAACUGGAAAGAAAAAUAGAUUUCAUAAAAGCUAUGAAACUAGAAAUUGAACGCCUCAAACUGAAUCUUUCUGCUGCUGAAAGGGAUAGAGCCUUAUUGUCGAUAGGGGUCGAUCCUGCUAGUAUCAAUCCAAAUGCUUUGCUUGAUGAACGCUACAUGAGAAGGUUGUGCAAAGUUGCAAACUCCCUUGCAUUGCUUGGACAGGCUUCCCUCGAAGACAAAAUUACAGCUUCAAUUGGUCUUGGGACAAUUGAUAAUGAUGCAAUAGAUUUUUGGAAUGUAUGUAGAAUUGGAGAGAGCUGUUCUGGUGGCAUGUGUGAGGUGCGUGCAGAAACUGAUGUACCUACACAUAAAUCUUCUAUGGCAUCAUCUUCAGGAGUUUCACCACCCUUGUUUUGUUCUCAAUGUGAAAGAAAAGCUUGCAAAGUUUGUUGUGCGGGGAGAGGGGCUCUUCUGCUUCCAAGCUACAACGCAAGGGAGGCCAUAAAUUACAAUGAUAUGACAAGCCUGGGUGGAUCAAGCCAUGGUUCCCAAGUUGAUGUCUCUACAAACCGUUCUGUAGUGCCGGAUGGUGUUAUUUGUAAAAAAUGCUGCCCUGAUUUUGUGCUUGAUGCAUUGAUCUUGGACUAUGUCAGAGUCUUAAUUAGCUUGCGGAGAAGUAGCCGUGCAGAUAGUGCUGCAUAUAAAGCCUUCAAUCAGGUGAUGGGAUCUUCAUCAAGGGAAUAUCAUUAUGAAAGGAAUCAAUCUACUAAUAGUCAACAUACUGUUAAAGUCCUACAACGAUUAUUAAAUGGAGAAGAAUCUCUUGCUGAAUUUCCAUUUUCCAGCUUUCUGCACUCGGUUGAAACUGCUGUGGAUUCGGCACCAUUCUUGUCACUACUUGCUCCUCUUGAUUCUGGAUUAGAGAACUCAUAUUGGAAAGCUCCUCCUAAUACAGUUUCUGUUGAAUUCAGUAUUGUUCUUGGUACCCUUUCUGAUGUCAGUGGGGUUGUUUUGCUUGUUAGUCCAUGUGGCUAUUCUGAUGCUGAUUCUCCAACCGUACAAAUCUGGGCCAGCAAUAAAAUACACAAGGAAGAAAGGUCAUGCAUGGGAAAAUGGGAUCUGCAGUCCAUGAUAAUGUCUUCAUCAAAAUAUUAUGGGCAAGAAAAAUUGUCUAGAGAAGAUGAAUUACCUAGGCAUGUGAAGUUUGAAUUUAAGAAUCCAGUUAGAUGCCGCAUUAUUUGGAUAACAUUGCGUCUUCAACGAACUGGCUCGAGUUCCUUUAAUUUUGAAAACUUGAGUCUUUUGUCUCUUGAUGAAAACCCAUUUGCACUAGCAAAUAGACGGGCAUCUUUUGGAGGAUCAGCUGAAAAUGACACCUGUCUUCACGCCAAGAGGAUACUAGUAGUCGGAAGCCCAGUGAAAAAAGAUAUCACACAAGCACCAUCACAAGACACUGAGGAGAUGAAAAUGAAGAACUGGUUGGAGAGAGCUCCACAGUUAAAUAGAUUUAAGGUUCCCAUUGAGGCUGAGAGGCUGAUGGACAACGAUCUUGUCUUGGAACAGUAUUUGUCUCCUGUUUCUCCCAUGCUUGCUGGAUUUCGUUUAGAUGCUUUUAAUGCAAUAAAGCCUCGGGUUACCCAUUCACCAUCUUCACAAACACAAGUCUGGGAUGCAUCAAUCACAUUAUUAGAAGAUAGACACAUCUCUCCAGCUGUGCUGUAUAUACAAGUAUCUGCUUUGCAGGAACCUCACGGCACAGUGACAGUUGCUGAAUAUCGCUUGCCAGAGGCUAGGGCUGGAACAGCAAUGUACUUUGACUUCCCUAGAGAAAUACAAACCAGCAGAAUUUCAUUUAAACUCCUUGGAGAUGUUACAGCAUUUGUAGAUGACCCAACAGAACAGGAUGAUUCCGGUUUAGGACCUCCAGGAUUGGCAGCUGGAUUGUCUUUAUCCAAUAGAAUCAAGUUGUAUUACUAUGCUGAUCCUUAUGAACUUGGAAAAUGGGCUAGUCUUUCAGCAGUUUGAAUGAAAGGUUAUGCAUGGCAUGAAAGCGAAAAAGUUUGAUGAUUGGUUUUUGAUUGUACGUGUGUUCAGUUUCAUUCAUGAUUCUUGGUGUAAUACUAACAUGUAAUCUUUUAUAAUUCAUUGGUGUAACAGUGAAAACAAAGUAUUUUUGUCCUUGAAGCAAGGAGAUAUUUCAUGAGUAAAAGUUCAGUUCAUCAA